CAGAGCACCUCCGGGGCGGUCGGGCGGGCGGCAGGCUCCUCCGGCCUCCGGCGCUGGCCGCCCUUCGGCGCUCACGACGCCGCGGCGUGUUGAGUGACACAUACCGAGAGCCGGAGCGGCGGGUCUGAGCUGGCCGCGUCCCGCCCUCCGCCCACGCUGCCUCGCUUCCGCUCGCUCUUCCUCCUGUGGCCUGUCCUCGAUCCUUUCUCCGCCGUCCCCCUUUCUUUGGUUCACCCGGCGUCGGUCCUCCAUCUCACCUCUCGAACUCGCCGCCGCCUGCUGUGCGUUUCCCUUAAGAGCUGCGCGUGGCCCGCGGUUUUGGGGGACUGAACUUUCCCUGGCUUGUAGCAACGCCGAGCCCCGAUCGUCCGUCUGCUGCUGGCCAGGGACCGAUUCCGAGAGGGCUGGGUGGGCUCCGUGCAGCCGCCUGCCUGCACCCAGAUGAAUGCAUGCUGUGGUUACAGUCCAAGCCCAGGUUGUGAUACCCCUGCUUAGGUAAAACCAAGACUAAUGGAUGGUCAGAGCCCAGGAAGCUGCAUUUCCACAUGGUCACCGAGGCAAAAGAACUUCCUGGUGUAGAGGGAUUUUAAUCCAGCAACUUGGCUGCUCUGACAAGAGAUCAUAUCCAAAGACCUUUUAGAUCUCUAUGUGAUCCAGUCUAGGAAUGCAGACACGCCCCGGAUUACAAUUUGAUAUAGCUGGAAUACUGACCCGCCCUUUGGACACACCUUUAAUCACUAUGAAGGGUUCAUAAGUAUGUGUUGCUGAUUUUGGUGUACUUUGAACCAUCUUCAGAUGUGAGGACAGGAUGUUUGCUAGAGGGCUGAAGAGGAAAUAUGGUGACCAGGAAGAAGGAGUAGAGGGUUUUGGCACUGUCCCUUCCUAUAGCCUGCAGCGACAGUCACUCCUGGACAUGUCCCUUGUCAAGCUCCAGCUCUGUCACAUGCUAGUGGAACCCAACCUCUGCCGCUCGGUCCUCAUCGCCAACACCGUCCGGCAGAUCCAGGAGGAAAUGAGUCAGGAUGGCGUGUGGCAUGGGAUGGCACCCCAGAAUGUAGAACGGCCACCAACUGACCGCCUAGUGUCCACAGAGAUCCUGUGUCGUACAGUGAGGGGGGCUGAGGAAGAGCAACCCACUUCUGAACUGGAGGAUGGUCCCUUGCAAAACUCCUCUUCCGAGCUUCCCACAGUUGGCUCAGCACAGGGGCAGAGGAACCCUCAGAGCAGCCUCUGGGAGAUGGACAGCCCACCAGAAAACCGGGGAAGCUUUCAGAAGUCACUGGACCAGAUAUUUGAGACGCUGGAGAACAAAAACUCCAGUUCAGUGGAGGAACUCUUCUCAGAUGUGGACAGCUCCUACUACGACCUGGACACGGUGCUAACAGGAAUGAUGAGUGGGGCCAAGUCCAGUCUCUGCAAUGGCCUUGAGAGCUUUGCUGCAGCCGCCCCUCCUCCCAGCUCCACUUGCAAGUCUGACCUGGCUGAGCUGGACCAUGUGGUAGAGAUUCUGGUGGAGACCUGAGAGAGGACGCCCCAGUGUGCCAAGGACAAGGCCACCACUCCUCAUGAAGCUCACAUGUGCUGUGACCCAGAGACAGACAAGCACUUGCCCUAAGAGGGGCUCUGACUAUGAAACUGUCCUGUACAGAUUUUCCUCUGCAGGGAUUGCAGCCCUGGAGCUGCUGCCUCAGGCUAAUUCCCUGGGAGGACAGAGCAGAUGCCAUCUCAAGGGACUGAGCUCUCUGAAGGCUUCUGGGCCCUGGGCUCAUUACCCUGCUUGUGACCUUGGAGUCACUGUGGAGGAUGGAGGGCCACAGCUAUGUCUAGUCCACGUUAAAUUAGAUAGGGGAACUUUCUAAAAUUAAGUUUUAUAUGUUUUGGGCAAUAUUUUGUCUUAAGAUAUAUUUUUUAAGCUUUUUAUACUUUAGAUUUUUUCAGCUAUUUUCUUAAAAGUAUAUUUUUUCUACAGACAUCCUCUGCUGCUACCUUAGAAACAUAACCUAAAUACGAUUGGUGUGUGUCAUUUUUAAGGUUUAAAUAGAAAACUUUUUUGUUAAUGUGUCUCUACACUCCCAAGGCAGCUGUCAAUGUAGCCGGCCAGGUGUUUUCAUGAGAGGCUCCAUUAUGGUCUACCUUCUAGUAGAGAGCUUGAAAUGAGAACCAGUACUGCUCCCCUGCCCCUCCCUGGGGCUGCUCUGCAAGGCUGUCUUCUAGGCUUUUGUGUGCUAGGUGGUUUUAUUUAUGCCUAUUUAUAUGUAAAUGCCACUGAAGGGUAGUCUUCCACCUGGGAAUCACACAUCAGUUCUUCAGAGACUGCUGUGAGGCAGUGCCUUAUGCAGGUCUAGUCCUUGGCCAUCACAGUCUGGUUCCCAGCCCAGCCCUGUGUGACGUGAGGACAUGACAUUGCCAACAACACCAGCACCACAUGCUCCAUGUCAAGUGUAUCCGUGGAGACCACUGGCCGUAAAGCAGGCACAUGUGUGCCUAGGAAGUGUGUGCAGUCCCACCCUGUGCUCGGUGGGAGAUACCUGUGCUUGCUUCUUUUAAAAUGGUGCUUAAGCAUUUUAAGGUUAAAAACAAUCUGGCUCCAUAUAAUUUAGGGCUCCUCCAUCCCAGGGUGGCCCCUGUGCGACCGGUCUGCUUGGAUCUCAAGGUCCUAAACCCGAUCACACGUCAGGCUUCACCCCCAUGUGUGCUUUCUGUUACUCUUGCUUUUUUUGGACUUCCACCUGAGCCUAAGAGGUUUUAUUUUGUAUGUGUGUAUGACUAUUCUUCAAUAUCAACAGUGUAAACCUCACUUUAUUAAAAGUAUCCAGCAAAUGAAA